CACUGCAUGACAUGAAGACUCGACCUGCUGGGAUCGGGAAUGUCAAUGCUGACUGGAUGGGGUCACUGCCCCCCAAACUCAGUGGCAUGCCCCUCAAACACCUCGCAGUUCCAGGGUCCCAUGAUUCGUUCACAUACUGGGUGGAUGUGCAUGCACCUGUAGGUCCUGAUCAGAAGGUCUACGUGAAAUACUUGGCCACAAUGUUUAGCGUUUUAGCCAAGAAGGUCAUGGUGAAGUGGUCCAUGACACAGAACCUGACGUUUAAAGAGCAACUGGAUGCAGGUAUUCGCUACUUUGAUCUCAGGGUCUCUUCUAAGCCAGGUGAGGCAGGGCUUGAGAUCUUCUUCAUCCAUGGUCUAUUUGGACACAAGGUGAGAGAUGGCCUCCUGGAAAUAGACUCCUUCUUGCGUAAGCACAGAAAAGAGGUAAUCUUCUUGGACUUCAAUCACUAUUAUGCGAUGGGCUCAGAGCACCACAAAUACCUCAUCAAGAUGCUUCAGGAAGUGUUCAGCAGUAAACUGUGUAAGAAGUGUGAGGUGGAGACUAUCACUCUGGAUUACCUCUGGGAGCACAAAUACCAGGUAAUCAUUUUUUACCAUCAUCCAUCAGCUCAGGGCAUCCCUGUCAUGUGGCCAGGGGACAAAAUCCCCGCACCAUGGGCAAACACCACUGAACCCAGCAAGCUUAUUCAGUUCCUGGAAACCACGCUGAAGCAAAGAGCCAAGGAGGGAUCAUUCCACGUGUCCCAGGCCAUUCUCACACCUCGGGCCCACACUGUAGCAAGGGGUUUGGUUUGGGGGCUGCGGAAUUAUUUGGUGGAAAGAAACCUCCCAGCCAUCAUGUCCUGGGUGGAGGUCCAGAGGCCAGGCUCAGAUGGGAUCAACAUUAUUACCUCUGACUUUGUGGAACUCACGGACUUUGCCAACAUUGUCAUAAGACUCAACAACUUGCUGUUGUCUGAACCCGACCCCAAAGCUAGAUGACAACAAUAAGACAAAGGUGUGCUCACUGUUACCACACAGUGUCUAUUGUCCAUUGACGGUGGUUAUUUGUAUUGUUCUUGAAAUACAGCUUUGCUACAUCUGAAAGCCCCCAUUUGCAGUUUUUCUGCUCAGGCCAAACCCUUGUCUAAUACACUUUAAAAGCAUUGCUUUGGGACUGCCGUUGCCCUGUCUAAUGGCCACGCAAUGCUUUGUUGCAUUCAUGUGGCAUCAACUGGCAAUUCUAAACCUUUUGAGUGUGCACCCAUCACAUGCCAAUUUUUGCAUUUAUUUCCUUUUAAAUUUUUUAUUUCCCAUAGCACUUAUCCUCAUUAGGGUCACAGGGAGCUGCAACCUAGCCCAGCUGACUCUUGGUGAAAGGGGGGUACACCAUGAACUAGUUGCUAGCCAAUCGCAGAGCACAUAAACAACCAUUCGUACUGACAUUGUCGGCUACAGCAAUUUUGGAUUUCAAUUUAACGUACCAUAAAUGUUUUUGGGACAUGGGAUGAAAUCAGAGUACCCAUAGAAAACCAACGCAGGCACAGGGUGAAUAUUCAAAUUCCACACAGGCGAGGGGGGUAGCUGUGUACCUUUCUACCAAGUAACUGUAUCUGUAAUUCAGAUUGACUUACAAGUUAUUUUAAUUUCACAACAUUAAAGAAUGGAAAUAGAAAGUUGCCCAUGGCACAGUAUAUAUCACUUUUUAACAUUCCAACCUGUUAUAAAAGUAUGAGAAGUUAUAAUUUAACUCAAUAAAGUUACAUUUUGAGAAUUUCCAUCAUACCCCCUGGAAGUCGUGUGUGAUAGUUAUAAUUGUUAUAAAAUAGUUCAACCCAUAAAUACACUACAAAUGUUAUACCAAAACACUUGAACAGCGUUUCAAAUGGUUACAAUUACCUUUCAGCGACGCACCUCCAAUAUUAAGUCUUAAAUACUGUGCUAUGUGCAGUAAGGGUGUUUUCGUUCUCAUUUUGUAUGUAUUUAUUUAUUUGUUUGUUUGUUUGUUUUUACUACCAUAAUGUGCACCUGGAGUUCUGUCCUUGCUCUUCAAAGCUAAAAUGAGACAAAGAAGUGAUUUAGAGAUUGGAAAAACUCACCAUGAGCUUUCUUUGGACCUUCGUGAGUCCUCGGCAGAAUAUUAUCAGCUCUAGCCAGCAACUUGGCAUAUCGUAUCCUCUGUUGUCCUUAUCCUUUUAUCAUCCUCCCUCAAGCAGCUCUUACUCAAAGCCAUUAGCCAAUUUAUCAUUGUUGGCCGUGCAUCUAUGCGCUAAGCUAAAAGCUAUAUAUGACCACUAGGUAACUAGCCUGUUGUAAGUCUAUCUCUACCUGGUUUUUUGACAUAAAGAUGCGUCAAGAGCCAGAAAAUUGUCUCAGCUCUAAUUUUGAAACCAACCUGGACACCGUCACAACAUGCCAGAGUGAGCCGUUCAACUACAUAUUUGCAAAUUUGCAAGUUAACGGUGAUGACAGUGAAGUAAUGCUUGACAGACAGAAGUGUUGACGGUAAACUUCUGUCUUUAUGCUACUUUACACAAGCACUCUGCAUAACAUCAUAAAAUAAUCACAUAUGCUGUAU